AUGGCAAUUCAGAGUGAUGUUGGUGAGGGUUUAGGAAUUCAAGUUAGCGAUAACCCAACAACAUCAUGUGUACAAAUUGUUAACAUACAAAGAGCGUCAUCUUGUUUUUACAAAUGCUUGACGUAUCUUAAUUCUCCACAUAUGUGCAGUUAUAAUAAGGUUGAUGAGAUGUCCCCCUGUCCGGAAGGGUAUACCACAUACAACUACACUUAUUUUGAAAUUUGCCUCAUGUAUGUACCAGUUAAUUCCAAGUACCCUGAUGCUGUUGAAAACUGUAAGGAAAAUGGCGGAGAUCUCAUCAAAAUCGAUUCUUUGGAGAAAUAUGACAUUUUUAAAAGUUUUUCGGGCCAAUAUACAGGAAAUGGACCUAUCCAGGUGUGGGUUCAAGGAGUCAAGGACAACAACCAGUGGAGAUUCCAUGACGGGUCCCUGAUGCCUGGUCACUGUCUUGCUAGCCAGUUAGAUGGUCUGAAUGAAAUAUACAUGAGGGCAAGAAGUGAUCUCGACUUUCGCUGUUAUGACGACAGUUUUUAUAGGAAACAUCAUUACGUUUGUGAAAUAUAUCGCUUAUUUCCCGUUUUCCGAUGAUUUUGGAGAUAUUCAUAAUGCCAAGGAAUGACUCCAGACCUUGAAAAGGAUUACAGGAUGUGUGCAAAAUCUAUUUUUUUUUUCAUAUUCUAGCCAGUUACUUUUGAAAAAAACAAACUGUAAAUGUUAAUCUAAGUAAUUUGUAAAAAUGACCAAAACAAAUGUUAAACUUAUAAUUAUAGCAAGUUUGCUACAUCUAUGUUAAAAAAGAUGCAUAUUUAUGUUUGUAGAAAAAGGUCAACCUCUGCUUUUUUAUGCAAUUUAGGGAAAAAAAUGAGGACGAUAAGUAAUUCAUGUAUA